AUGUCUCUUCGUCCAUGCAGUAGGCGCAUCGGCGCUGCUCUGCGCCAGCAGACCUGCAUCCUCCAUCAAACCAAGAGACGAUGUCUAGCCUCUGCAUCGAGUCUCCCGCGAGAGACGAGAGAAGCAAUCGAGAAAGAAACCACCCUCCCCACCCCCGACCCCGCCUCCGACUCCCAAACCGCGCGCCUCAUCUCCUCCCAAUCCCCCUACAUCGUCCCCACCUACGUCAAACCCGCGCCCAUGUUCCAAAAAGGCGAGGGCUGCUACCUCUGGGACGUCGAGAACCGCCGCUACCUCGACUGGACCGCCGGCAUAGCCGUCAAUGCCCUCGGCCACUGCGAUCCAGGCAUGUCCGCUAUCCUCGCACAGCAGGGCCAGACGCUCGUGCACUGCUCGAAUUUGUACCAUACCCCGUGGCAGGGGGCGUUGAGUGAGUUGCUCGUGGAGAAGACGCGGGCUUCCGGAGGCAUGAAGGAUGUGGCGCGGGUGUUUUUGUGCAAUUCCGGCACCGAGGCGAAUGAGGCGGCGAUCAAGUUUGCGAGGAAGUAUGGGAAGAUGGUGGGAGGGGAGGAGGGAGGGAAGGUGGAGAUUGUGAGUUACAACAAUGCGUUUCAUGGGCGCUCCAUGGGUGCGUUGUCGGCGACGUGGAACCCCAAGUAUCAGAAGCCUUUUUCGCCGAUGAUUCCGGGGUUCGUGCAGGGGAAUUACAACGAUAUGCAGUCCAUCAACGAGGUGGUGACGGAAAAGACGUGCGGAGUCAUUGUUGAGCCCAUCCAGGGCGAAGGCGGUGUCAACGCCGCGAACGUGGAAUGGCUGGAAGCACUGCGCAAACGCACGCGGGAAGUCGGAGCACUCCUCAUCUUCGACGAGAUCCAAUGCGGCCUAUCGCGGACGGGAUGGCUCUGGGCUCACGCGGAGCACGGGAACCGCGACAUCCAUCCCGACGUCCUCACCACCGCAAAAGCACUAGGGAACGGCUAUCCAAUCGGCGCAACGCUCGUAACGGACGAAGUCGCAAGCAAAAUCGUUCCCGGCGACCACGGGACGACAUUUGGCGGCAACCCGCUCGCAUGCCGCAUCUCGCACUACCUCGUCACCCGCCUCGCCGACCCGGAGCUCCAAACGCAUGUCCAGCACCAAGGCAAGCAGUUCGAGAAGGGCCUGCGUGAGAUCGCACAUCGCUUGCCCGAAGGCGUGGUGAAGGAGAUUCGCGGCCGAGGUCUCAUCAUCGGCAUGCAGCUCAACUCCGCCGUUGCUCCUGUCAUUCAAGCUGCGAGGGAGAGAGGGCUGUUGAUCAUCAAUGCCGGAACAGACGUGUUGCGAUUCGUGCCGCCGCUGAUCAUUGAGGAUGCGGAGGUGGAGAAGGGAAUGGAGGUGCUGGAGGAGGCGCUGCAGUCGACUUUCAACAAGGAUGGUGGCCAGGAUUGGAGGAAGGCGAGGCAGGCGGUCAAAGAUCGGGAGGAGGCGCCGGAUACUUGA